UACCGCCGGACUCCCGGCGCCGAGGUCCGGCGCUCCGACUUCCAGCGGCCCCGGUCUCGGCGCUCUGAGGUCUCCGCGCCCCGGCGUCUCGGCAGCUCCAGAUCUCAGCACCCCAAGGUCCCCGCAGCCCCAGGGCUCCGCACCCCAAGGUCCCCGCGCCCCGACGUCCGGAGACCCGGGGUCUCCGAGCUCUGGUCUCCGCGCCCACCAUGCCGCCAAGUCUUUACCUGGUCUUGCUGCUGCUCAGUGGCCUGCACGCCGAGAAUGAAAUCAAGGAAGUCCAGGCAAUGGUGGGCAGCGACGUGGCGCUCAGCUGCAUCCACCCCAACCAAAGCCAUUUCGACUUGAAUGAUCUCUUCGUCUAUUGGCAAAUCAGUGACUUGGGCACCGUGGUGGCUUACUACCUGUCUGAGAACAAGUCUGAUGCUCAUGAGGCCAGCCAGUACAAGAACCGGGCCCAUAUGUUGCUGGACCGCAUGAAGCAGGGCGACUUCUCGCUCUACCUGCAGAAUGUCACCCCCCAGGACACCCAAAAGUUCGAGUGCCUGGUGUUUUGGAAGUCCACAUUAACAAGGGCUUUGAAAAAGGAGGUCAGGCUGCACGUGGCGGCAAACUUCAGCCUGCCUGUCGUCCACAGCAGUAACCCCUCCCAGGGCCAGGAGCUCACUUUCACCUGCAUAUCCACAAAUGGCUACCCAAAGCCCAACUUGUAUUGGAUCAACAGGACAGACAACAGCUUGAUGGAUGAGGCUCUGCAGAACAGCACUGUCUCCUUGAAUGAGCGAGGCCUGUAUGACGUGAUCAGCAUCCUGAGGAUCCCGUGGGCCCUCCAUGUGAACGUCAGCUGCUGUGUAGAGAAUGUGGUUCUCCACCAGAACCUCACCAGCAUCAGCCAGGGAGAAACUUCCAUUGGAAACAAAGACAUGUUCACAGAGAACCCACAGACACGCCAGGAGGAGAAAAUCAUGGCCCUUUUCAGCAUCCUGGCAGUUCUCUUGGUGGCAGCCGUUAUUUCGGGUUGGGUUUGCAGAAGCAAGUGUCCUCACAGAAGAUACACAGGUCCCCGGACUGUGGUGCUGGAGCACGAACUCACAGAUCAUGCUUGACGGGACUCUGCCCAGGAUGUGGACAGGGCUUCUGUGAGAUGCCACCCAGUGGACAUCAGACACAACUUGAGAAUGGACUCCGACAGGCCUGGUGGCAAAGGGGACACUGAGCUGUCUGCUUGUGUGCUAUGAUCGUGGACAGGAGCCCUAGCCUUGAGGGGCACGGAGGGUUGAUCCCUGGAACCAACCAACUGGGCAGUGCUGACCGGACUAAAGGAGGCUUCUCCAGGGGAGCAGCAGCCCUGGAACAUGGAGCCCCCAGUGAGUGGCUCCCCCUCAGCCUCCAGCACAGAUAGGAGGAGCUUGUGGGGGAUGAUCCUCUCCGGAAGGAAACAGAGCACAUGACUCACCCCAAGCCUGCAUGGAGGACAGGAGCCUUCCUGGGGAUUCCGGUUCUUUAAGACUGAAGGAAAGGCAUUUGGUCCACUCUGAAAGUGCCUGAAGAAUCCACGGGAGAUAUUUCCCUGCAAGAUCUUCAGUGGGAAGAAAGCCUGACCUCACCUGGUUUGGGCCUAAGCUACUUUGACCUCCUAGGGGAUGAAUGGGGUUUUGUCCACAGAAAACCUGCCCCAGGGCUGAUGGAUGGCUCAGAGGUUUCAGGGGCCCUUGGCUUUGCAACGUAAAAGGAAUUUGCCUUGGAGCAAAACAUGGCUGUCUGCUGCAGACUGGCAUGUCACCAUAAUCACCAGAGGCCCUUGAGCCCAACUGUGCCAUGCAUACAGAGGCCUCCUGCCAGCCACAAGCUCUUUCAGAAUGAACUCCACUCAUCCGUACCUGGCCUCAACCACCCAUCCUGCUGAAGGUUGUCAAGAAGACCUCAUCUCCUGCCCACGCCCUGGAACUACCGGCCCACCAGGUGGCUGCAGCCUCCCAGGCCUCUGUGUUGUUGGCUAGAAUGGGUCCAGCAGUUUUUUGGUUCUAGGAAGUUGGCUGCCUGGUAACCCAGGUGUGCACACGCUCCAGGAAGAUGUGGUGAGGUGAGGAGCAUGAAUUCCCCUCUGGGACAGAGCAUCUGACCCUGGUUGUGGGCAAGCUCCCUCCUUAUUUCCCACCCAGAAACCCCGGACAAACAGACUGCUUGGUGUGCUGCUGUCCCUCAGGGCUGACGGAGGUGUAAUGUCUGUGUGUCUCAGACCCGGGCAGCACAAGAAUGAGAAAUGAGGCCCUUGGACAGGCUGAGGGACCAGUGCUGUUAUGAGGAUCUGCCCAGAGUCUUCACAAGGACUUCAGAAAGAGCAUAACAAGAGGCCCACCCGACUGUCCGGGAAAGCAUUAGGUGUGUGCAUCUGUAAAGGAGCCAUAGUCACGAUGGGUCGAGUCGGCAGCUGCAGCAAAAAGAGCUCAAGAAGCUGCUGGGGUGCUUCAGGCCUGUGCGCAGCACCCGAAGUGACCCCAGAUGCCUGGGCCUGUGCCUGCCGGGGACCCCUCCUCUGGGACACAGCCAUGCAUUACCUUCAGUUUCUGCCCCCACAGAAUGUCUCUUGGCGAAGCCUCGGAACCCAGGCGGGCCACAGCGACCCAGCAGGGAGACCCAGUCCGCUUCCACUUUUCCUGUCAGAUGUCAGUUCUCUUAACCCAGCACUCAGGAGGCAGAGGCAGGUAGAUCUCUGAGUUCCAGGCCAGCCAGGGCUAUAUAGUGAGACCCUCUGUCUCAAAGAGAGGGGGGGCAGGAGCUGGCCCUGUGCCUCUGUAGCUCUCCUGCCCCGGGGCACCAGGCACACUGUUGCCACCACCCCCACCACUUACUUUGACAUGGGGAACCCUCACCAACUGUGCCUCUGUGGCUCUUCCUGGACCCUGGGCUCUCCAGUCACCAUACCCUGCUGACCCUGGCAGGUGGUCCUCUCUCCACCUGCUACUUCCCAAGGGCCCCUGGGAGCCUCCUCCCUCAGCACGUUAGCGUUCGUGAGACCUGCCCUGUAACCUCUGCCUCCCUCAACCCCAAACCUUGCUGCUAGCUCUUUAUCUAGGUUGUAGAUGGGCUGGAUUCCAAUGUUCUUCCAGCCCCUUCCAGAAACUUGUCAAGGGAUUACAAGAUGUACACUGUGCCUUGUGUCCGGUGGCUUUUGUCAGUGCAGUGAGCUGGGGCUGGCUGUUCUUGCCGCUGGUGCCUCCACAUGCGCGGUUCCAUCCUGAAAGGCAUGUGGUCAGUCACUCUAGGAGUUUGUUAUGGUUCCCGUGCAGAAGCCAGGGGUGUGGCUCAGCAGCCCACAAAGCAGCCCAGCCCUACCACAGAGGUGCUCCUCAGAGGCCAUGGGGAGAGUCCCUCUGACCUGAUAGGUGGGCAGGGCAUGUGGCCCCAGCCUGGGCUCAUCUUAUCUGCCCGUUUCCCCUCUGUGAAGUGAGGCCUCUGGAGCUGGCCUCUGUCUCCUAACCUGAGCAGCCCAGGCUCCUGAUGGGCCCCCGACUCUGGAGAGCAGCUGAGGUGCUAGAGAAGGCGGCUUCCCUAGGCUGCUGCCAGGCCUGGCUCUGAAGUGUGGGUGUGAUGCCUCAGCCGACUUGCCCAUGAGUGAGUCCCUGCAAGGGCCCAACUCCAGCUCGGCUGCCGUGUCACCUCCCAACCCAGCCUUUCAAACAGAGGUCAAGGACACAGCCAACGAGGAGGCCGCCCUUGAGGUCAUCUGGAAAUGAUUUCAGUCUUGGCAGCCCACAGCUCACCCACAGCCCAGAGGGCACCAGGGUGCCAAGGGGGUGUAGACUUGUGUGGGCUCUGGCCACAUUCUCCCUGCCUACCCUGAGGCUCUCACCAGGGUUAGAGAUCCUCAUGCCUGAUCAUCUGUAGGGAGCCCCUCCUGUUCCUGGGUCCCCAGGAAUAGAGAAGCCUUCUUGCUGGCCACUUUCUGGGCAGUCCCGUUCUUGAGAUCCCAGACACCCCACAUCCUGCACCUCCUAGACUCUUUUCCACAGGAAGUCUUACUGGGGACGAGUGGAUUGUUGGCACUUCCCUUAAGAACGCAUGCAGCAGCAUGAAGUCCCAGCCAGGAGCCCUUUGCCCGCUUGCCUCCCCCGCCACUCUCCUCUCAUCCUCUGCAGAUACCACACAGUGCUUGUCUCUACUUCCCCUGCCAAGUUGGACCUGGACUUUCCCUCCUCCCCUGCCCAGUCCUCCCUCACCCACCCCUGAGGAUCAGAGUGAACUCCUGUGGGCAGGGACCAGGCUGCGGGAGCUGGUUCCUCAGAGAACUGGGGACACCCCCUACCCCAGCGCUCCGAGGCAGCUGGUGUGUUGGGGAGCUGCCAGGCUAGACAUAAAGACACAAGAAGACUUGCUUUUAGCAAGUCGAAGCAGAUCUCUCACACCCUGAGCUCAGAGCGUGACAGACAGCAAGAAGUCAGGAGCAAACAGCCCAGAGGGCUUCUGGACAGGACUUCUGUGGGGCUGGGCUGGGCAGCGAGUACUUCUCUAAGGUGGGCUAGUGUCUGCUGGGAGGGGCUGCAGUGAGCUGUGAUAGCUAUUGAGGCUGGGACUGUGAGGCAGCAAACGUCUCCCCUCAUAGUCUGGAGAACUGAGGUCUAGAAGCAAGGCAUGGGGGAGGGUUUUGAGGGUCCCCCGCCUGGUCCAGUCCCCAGUAGCCCAGCACCCGCACUUGUCUUACAACCUCCAGGCCUCUGUCUUCACAUAGUUCCUCUUCUGUUUUGUGUCCGAGGACACCAGAUUUAAGAUUUCUGGUCACCUAAGCCUGUGUGGCCUCAUUCUAACCUGCUAGAACCACAGAAACCCUGUUUGACAGUGAAGAUUCUGAGAGUGAUGAACCUGUUGGGGGCGGGGGACAGACUCGGAGAGAGGGUGGUGACGACACUGGAGCAGGGAUGGGGAACAGGGCACUCAAGGCCCAACCUGGCCAAGGUCCAGACCCACAUUUCGGGUUUGGACAUUGCCUGAGGCACGGGAGGGCUGGAGCUGCCCCUCGCAUUCUUGACCCUGUCCGAUGGUCGCCAUGCAUACGGACCCCAUGGCUUCAUACCCAGCAUCACUCCUAGCUGCUCUCGGUGCCGCAUGCCCAGCACAGCCCAGGGGCACCACUGUCCAGUAGCUCUGCCCUCGGUCCCUCUACCUCAUCCUCACCACACUGUACCUGAACCAGUCCUGAACAUUGGGACGUGUGUGUGACUCCACACACACAUGUUGGGUAAGACUCCCUCAGGGUGUCCAGCAGCCCCAUCCGCAGGCUGAGGACUCUGGACAUGGCCAGGCCCCCACAGCUGCAAUGGAGGUAUGGUAUCUGUCCUCAGGGAGAAUGGAUGUCACCAAGUUUCUGGGGGAAGGCCUGGGGGACAGGAAACUCUGGUAGAGAAGUACUGACCUUGGGGGCUGCUUUGACAUUUGAGGUACAACACGGAAAAGCCAUGUAUGUGUGGGGGGUAUUAUAUCAUGGCUGUCCAGGUCCCAAAUGGAAAAGAUACCAGUUAAGACUUCAAACUCCAAAACCCAAAUACCCUACCACUGCGUGGUAGAAUUUAGGGAAAAAGGAAAAAACAAAACAAAACAAAA